UCAACACUGGACUUUCUUAAAAUUACAAAGUACGUCCCCGCUGUGGGAUUUUUUAAAAAUUUUGUUAUAAUUCGACGAUCUUUUAGUUGUGUUUUAUUUUAUUUCGACUAAUUCGACCUUAAACGCGAAACUUCACUUGACGAUUCUGGCCGGAAACAACACACCACAAUGCCAAGUGAAAUAAUUACUUUGCAGCUUGGGCAGUGCGGCAAUCAAAUUGGCUUUGAGUUCUGGAAAAGAUUGUGCCUGGAGCAUGGCAUCUCCCCUAGCGGCGUGCUGGAGGACUUUGCCAAUGAUGGCUUGGACCGCAAGGAUGUGUUCUUCUACCAGGCGGACGACGACCACUACAUACCCCGCGCGGUGCUCUUGGACUUGGAACCGAGGGUGAUCAAUACCAUAAUGGGCUCGGUCUACUCCAAGCUCUACAAUCCGGAAAAUGUGUACCUAUCCAAGCACGGAGGCGGUGCGGGCAACAACUGGGCCUCAGGCUAUAGCCAGGGCGAAAAGCUGCAAGAAGAGGUAUUCGACAUCAUUGACCGUGAGGCAGAUGGAAGCGAUUCGUUGGAGGGCUUUAUACUUUGCCAUUCGAUUGCUGGCGGAACGGGAUCGGGAAUGGGCUCCUUUAUCAUGGAGCGCCUGGCGGACCGCUAUCCCAAGAAACUUAUCCAAACAUUCAGUGUGUUUCCCAAUCAGGACGAGAUCAGUGAUGUAGUGGUGCAGCCAUACAACUCCAUGCUCACCCUGAAACGUUUGACUACGGCUGCGGACAGUGUGGUUGUCCUGGACAACACUGCUCUUAAUCGUAUUGCCUGCGAUCGCUUGCACAUUCAGAAUCCCAGCUUUUCGCAGAUCAACAACCUGGUCUCCACCAUAAUGAGCGUCAGCACCACUACGCUGAGGUAUCCAUCCUACAUGAACAACAAUCUCAUUGGGCUGACGGCUCCUUUAAUCCCGACGCCCCAGCUGCAUUUUCUCAUGACAGGCUACACGCCGCUGACUAGCGAUUCGGAUAUCCAUACCCAGCAGCUGGUUAAUGUGCGAAAGACUACUGUUCUAGAUGUAAUGCGGCGUCUGUUGCAGCCCAAGAACAUGAUGGUGUCCACUGGUCCCGACAAGUCAAAUCAUCACUGCUACAUCUCCAUUCUAAACAUUAUCCAGGGCGAGGUGGAUCCCACUCAAGUGCACAAGUCACUGCAGCGCAUCCGCGACCGCAAGAUGGCCCAGUUCAUUCCCUGGGGCCCCACCUCUAUCCAGGUAGCCCUUUCCCGCUCAUCGCCCUACGUGCAGAGCAACCAUCGAGUGUCCGGACUGAUGCUGGCCAACCACACCAGCAUUUGCUCGCUUUUCGAGCGAGCUCUCAACCAGUAUGACAAGCUUCGCAAGCGCGGCGCCUUUCUUGACCAGUUUCGACGCGAGGACAUCUUCAAGGACGACCUCAAUGAGCUGGACGAAUCUCGCGAAACUGUUGACUGCCUGGUGCAAGAGUAUGAGGCAGCCACGCGUGAGGACUACAUGCAGUUUUCAGUGAAGCGGGGAAAUGGGCCAGUUGACUCCAAGUCGGAGGAUAGUCGAUCUGUGACCAGCGCCGGUUCCUAGUUCGCUUGUGCCAGAAGAAAUGCGUGCCAUGCAUCUUAACCAAUGUAUUUUAAAAUGUAAUAUUCUCCAAUGACGAUGGGAUUCGAAAUCCUUAAGUAGUAGUGAUAAGACGAUUGUUGGUAUGACUCGCAUGUAUGUAAACGCUGUUUCGUCUUUUACGAUAUUUAACGUUCGUAUUUCCAUUGUUGCAAAAUUACACAUGAGAUUUCCCGAUCAUGUUUAAUAUGUGACACAUUAAAUAAAAAACAGUUUUU